AUGAAAGAACUUUUGGAGGCGAUGACGAAGGAAAUUGAGCUGAGAGAAGCCCACCAUGCUGUGAUAACUACCUCAGAAGGCCAGGAACGGAAAUCCGAGGGAGGAAAGCCGUAUACGAAGAAAGGACCGUAUGGUAAUAGUUUCGCCGCUGCAUUACUGGCUCGACGACACCAAGAUUCUGCCAAGUUUGUAUCAAGAUGUGCCUACUGUUUACAAGAACAUGAUCCCAACAAUUGCACUAAGGUCAAAGGUAUUAUAGAACGUAAAAAACUUAUUCGUAAAUAUGGUAGAUGUUUCAUUUGUUUAAAAAAGGGACAUAUAAGUAAAAACUGUUUAAGUAAAAGUAAUUGUAGUGCAUGUGGUGAAAGACAUCAUAAUUCUAUCUGUGAAAGUAGUGUAAAGGACACUCAUGCUAGUCCCAAUCUCCAUGUAGGUUCUGAAGGUAGUGUUCCUUUGCAGACAGCACAGGCAGAAGUCAAGGGUCCAGGUGGUGGUGUUAGAACUAGGGUACUAUUUGACUCAGGUAGCCAUAGAUCAUUUGUCACUGUCAAGGCAGCUCAGACAGCUAGGAUUCCUGUCAAGAGAAGGGAGUGGUUAAAGAUUUGUACGUUUGGGCAGGAGAAGGCAUAA